AAUGACUCUUGAAUGCGUUCAGCUUUGUAACCUCUUUCAUUAUUACCGUCAACUAAUACACCGACAGUGACAGUCUUCUUCAUCAUGUCUAAACAUCACCCAGAUCUCAUAAUGUGUAGGAGACAACCAGGAAUCGCUAUUGGGCGUCUUUGCGAAAAGUGCGAUGGGAAAUGCCCGGUAUGCGAUUCGUACGUUCGCCCGGAGACCCUGGUACGCAUAUGCGACGAAUGUAAUUUCGGUACUUACGGUGGUCGAUGCAUCAUUUGUGGAUCGCCUGGAAUCUCCGAUGCGUAUUAUUGUGCUGAAUGUACAAGACUUGAGAAAGACCGAGACGGCUGUCCCAAAAUCGUAAAUCUGGGUGCUAGUCGGACAGACUUGUUCUAUGAACGCCGACGUUUAGGGUUCAAAAAAGGCUAGUUGCUUAGACUUUUCUUAUCAACUAUAUACAUGUAUACAUAUCACUGUCGCGUAUCAAAAAAAAUCGU